ACGUCAUUUGACCGCGCCACCUCCACAAGCAGGCACAUUUCAAUGACAACCUGCAUAUGUAACAAAUAUUAAUUACAGAAUAAUAGAGCCACAUAACAAUGCAACGAGCCGUUUUUGCACACAUUGCAUUGCAUGACUGGACGCAUGUUUUCAGUCCUUUGAGGAUAGGACAAUGUUGUUUGAAGCACAGAGCACUACCAGUACAGCUCAGUUCUCGGGCAUACAGUGUGAUACCGCCCCCGCGCGACGAAGCAGAGAAGGCUCUGCUGCACAGUAUGUUGCGGGUGGACCACGCAGGGGAAUACGGUGCCAACCGCAUCUACGCCGGCCAGAUGGCAGUGUUGGGAAGGUCACAGACAGGACCGCUUAUUCAGGAAAUGUGGGAUCAAGAGAAGAAGCAUCUUGCCAAAUUCAAUGAGAUCCUUGCAGAGAACAGAGUUCGCCCAACGUUGCUGUUGCCCCUCUGGAACGUUGCAGGUUUUUUACUUGGAGCGGGCACCGCUCUACUGGGUAAAGAAGGGGCCAUGGCCUGUACUGUGGCUGUGGAGGAGAGCAUCUCGGAGCACUACAACAGCCAGAUCAGAGCCCUCAUGGAGGAGGACCCAGACAGAUACGUAGAGCUGUUAAAAUUAAUAAAGGAAUUCCGAGAUGAUGAGAUGGAACAUCAUGAUACAGGACUGGAGCACGAUGCUGAAUCUCUACCCGGAUACAAUCUUUUGAAGAGUGCAAUACAACUUGGCUGCACAGCCGCAAUAUUUGUGUCUCAGCGCCUAUAAAGUAAUAAUUAAUUCAGUUUCUCAAAGAUGGUUUUCUAAAAAAUAUAAUGGCCUAUAAAGUAAUAAUUAAUUCAGUUUCUCAAAGAUGGUUUUCUAAAAAAUAUAAUGAUUUAAGUGAUGUAAAUUGUAUUAGUAAAAGUGAAUCUGGCUACUUUAUACAAUGUAAUAGUCUGUGCACUUUUCCAAAAAAGGACUCCCAUCAAAAAUAUAUGUUUUUUGUCCAAUUGUAACCAAGAUGCUGUCAUUUACUUCAACGCCAGCACUAGCAGCCAAACCAUAUAGGUACCAGCUCAAUGCUGAAACCUCUCUGAGUUGGCAUCCUAGAAUAAGCAAGUUGUCAAAGAGAUAUUGGUGGGAAAGUUGGUGUAAUUCUACCCUCUGUCUGGUCUAGGUGAUGGGGAUAGUGUGUUAUCCUGCUAUGCUAAGGUAUUGUGGUCAUCACUGACAGAGCUGGAACCUACCUUCCUUAUCAAGUUUAUUUUGUAACAUCAUUGAUACUAAGUAAUGUACUACAUACAGUAAUUACCUAUC